UUUUCCGCAAGGUGGCGACUACGGCGGGCGCAAAUAGAUUGACAAACGAGUGAAUUUUUUUCUAUCCACGAAGAAACAAGUGCAAAUAUUUUAAGCAACGAAAUGGCUGCUAGAUUCAUACAGAAAAUUCUCAAUCAAUUGGGUUUCAGUGCUGCGCGUGAUCCGGCAGCAGUGUCUGCGUCAACGAUCUUAACUGAAACAACACUUAAAACUAAGGUCAACACAACUCCAUCUGCCAGUCGUGCCUACUCAUCUGGAUCUAAAAAAGUCACACUGAUACCCGGGGAUGGCAUUGGUCCUGAGAUCUCCGCAGCCGUUCAAAAAAUAUUCACUGCGGCGAAUGUGCCCAUUGAAUGGGAAGCCGUCGACGUGACCCCCGUUCGUGGCCCAGAUGGAAAAUUCGGCAUUCCACAAGCAGCCAUCGAUUCGGUGAAUACGAACAAGAUCGGCUUGAAGGGCCCACUAAUGACGCCCGUUGGAAAAGGACAUCGAUCGCUUAACUUGGCCCUUCGCAAGGAGUUCAACCUCUAUGCCAAUGUGCGUCCCUGCCGCAGUCUUGAGGGCUAUAAAACACUGUACGAUGAUGUUGACGUUGUUACUAUCCGUGAAAACACCGAGGGCGAGUACUCAGGCAUUGAACACGAGAUCGUCGAUGGCGUCGUUCAGAGCAUCAAGCUGAUCACCGAGGAGGCCUCUAAGCGCGUGGCUGAGUAUGCCUUUCAAUAUGCCAAGAACAAUAAUCGGAAGAAGGUAACCGUCGUGCACAAGGCGAACAUUAUGCGCAUGUCUGAUGGUCUGUUUCUGCGAUGUGUUCGUGAUAUGUCCCAGAAGUUCCCGGAUAUCCAGUUCGAGGAGCGAUACUUGGACACCGUGUGCUUGAACAUGGUCCAGAACCCAGGCAAAUACGACGUACUGGUCAUGCCCAAUCUGUAUGGUGAUAUUCUAUCCGAUAUGUGCGCUGGUCUGGUUGGCGGUCUCGGCCUGACGCCAUCUGGCAACAUGGGCCUGAAUGGCGCGCUCUUUGAGUCUGUGCAUGGUACCGCUCCCGACAUUGCCGGCAAGGAUUUGGCCAACCCCACUGCCCUGCUUCUUUCGGCGGUCAUGAUGCUGCGGCACAUGGAGCUUAACUCACACGCCGAUAAGAUCGAGCGCGCUGCUUUUGAAACCAUCAAAGAGGGUAAAUACUUGACCGGAGAUCUCGGCGGUCGCGCCAAGUGCUCUGAGUUCACAAACGAGAUCUGCGGUAAACUUUAGAUUGCAGCCCGGAAAACCCGCCUCAAAUUAUAAAAACCUCAACAAAACCAGAAAAAGUCGCCGCAAAAAUGUGCAGAUGGGUGAAGAUAGAUCCAGUAUGAAAAAAAGCUAUUAAACACUCGCUCCCCAAACAAAAACAAUGUGUUGUAAAAACGCAUUCUUUUUACAUAACUUGACCGCAGGUUUUUUAUUUUCAACUUUCUCAAAUUCAACCAAAAUUUGCUCUCCCCAAGCAACAAAAAAAAAAAACAGAUUAAAAAAAUAGAAUAGCUACCUAAAGUAUUUUAUGUUCGAAUACUUGCGUAUAUUAUUUCAUUUAUUUCCGACCAUAUUUGCAAACGUUAAAAUUCGUUAGUUGCCCCCAUUUUUAUUGCGCUAUGUCGUUUAUUUGUGAAUUUGUGAAGACGUGGAACCACCACCAUUUAAUUAAUAUGCAACAAGUUAAAUCUAAUUAUUUAUUGAAAAUUGAUUUGUUAAGCCUUGUUAAGUUAAACCUUCCAUAAUAUCAUUCAGAAAAUUUCACCACAAAAUAACAAUGGAAGAGUAAAAGCAAAUCAAGUUUAAAGUUGAAACGGUUACUAUAAUUUGAUAAAAAAAAAAAAACAAAAAAAAAACAAGGGAAACGUAUAAAAACGUGCAGAAAAACAUACAAAAGCUAUUGUAUUAAGCAAUUGUUAUUGAUAAUAAAGCGAAAUGUAAUGCAAAAGCA